UUUGCACGUUUGUUGGGUUUCACAAAAACUCCUGAGCAAAGUUGAAAAUUGUUCUAGAAAUUGAAGAGAUAACGGAGCAUGCGGCGGCGCUCACGUACCAAGUCUCUUUCUCUGGAGAAACAACAUGCCAAAACGACGUCAGGCGUUGAAUUUACAUGCAACAAUUUCCAUUGCAUGUUCCCACGUAUAUCAAUCACUAUAGGGUUCACAUUUCACAAGACUCUGGUUUUCAUGGUUUGAUUGUGGGGUUUUUAUAAUUAUAGCAUUGUUUAGUGGCUUAUGGAGCUUAUGCACAGCAGAUUUUAGGUGUGAGUCACUAAGGUGAGCAGAUGAAAAGGCAUCUUGUAAUGGAUUCAGUGCAUAAAGAUGAUGAUGGUGACUGUCAUCAGGGUAUUAAUUUCAGAAAGAUGAGGAUUUUGGAAGGUGGGAUUGGUGGUGUUAUGGAGAUCGGUCUGAGUCUUAGAUUGGAGGGUGAUAAUGUUGAUGGGGAGGAAUCUGAAAUGGAGAAAAUGGUAGGGAGGAAUUCGGUGGAUGGUUUAGAGCAGGUUGAAAGGAAUGGUGGGGAAGAGGAGGUUGGAGAAGCUAUGGAGGGUUGUGAUUGUGAGAAAUUCUCUACAUCUGUCAGUGAUUGUGAAAUUAUUGAGCAAUCCAAGAUCCAAAACCAUAAGGAUGAUCGAUCAUCAACUAUAGAUGAUUGUAGCUCACCACAUAUGCCUUCUGAAGGAACUCAGAUUGAGUCUCUACAUGCAGUAGUGGACCAGAUAAAAGAAGAAAACAAGAAGCUGAAACUGGCUUUAUUUGAGAUAAUAGAUAAUUAUCAAAAUCUUCAGACACAUCUGGUGAAAGUAAUGGAAAAAGCACAGAAACGUGAAAACAAUCCACAACUAGGAGAGACUCCAAAGAUUCUGUUUCAGGAAUCAGAAAAGUGGGAAGAGGAAUCAGAACUGGUAGCUCUGUCCCUUGGGACAAAUUUCUCCUCAACCAAAGCUGUUAAGGAAGAAUCCACAGGCAGAGAAAGUGGGAAAGAGGUUGUGCAAAGCUCAAAGAGGCCACAGGAGCAUCUCAGAGGAUUCAAUCUGAGUUUAGCUAUCAAGGAUGAAGAGGAAACAAGUGAAGAAAAUAACAAAGAGAGCUUCUCUCUAACUAAAUCAGAGGGAGGAUUGAUGAAGUCAUAUAAAGCUUUCAAGAACUCAGGCGAGAAUUCAGAAGUUACACCGACCAUUAAAAAAGCCAGAGUGUCUGUACGUGUCAGAUGCGAAGCCCCAGUAAUGCAAGAUGGGUGCCAAUGGAGGAAAUAUGGGCAAAAAGUAGCCAAGGGUAAUCCCUGUCCCCGAGCUUACUAUCGCUGCAGUGUGGCCCCUGGAUGCCCAGUUAGAAAGCAGGUACAGAGAUGUCCAGAUGACAAGGCUAUACUCAUCACAACAUACGAUGGCAGUCACAACCAUCCACUUCCUCUUGCUGCAACUGCAAUGGCAUCCACCACAGCUUCAGCAGCCUGCAUGCUUCUCUCUGGUUCCACCUCAACCAUGGAAGCCAUGAUUGGCAACAAUCCAUACAGAUCUAACUUAAACCAAUUCCUUGCCUCCAAUCCCACCAUAAGCACCUCAACUUCCUUCCCCACAAUCACACUAGAUCUCGCCAAUAAACCCACCUCACAAUUAAACCUACACAGUUCAGUAGCAGGACAAUCAUCAUCCACAUCACUGCCUCCAACUUCACCUCUUCAAUUCCAAUACCCAUCUACAGAUCCCAACCUGUUUUCCAUCCCUCAUCGUCCUAACACAAUGCAUCAUACCAACCAAUCAAUUCCAGCAGUUCCCAGUUUGAAUCCCAUGAACAAUACUCACCUCAACUAUGCUCAGCCUCAUAAUCCUGCAUAUAACAAAUCCAAUUCAUCAAAUUCAUCUUCGAACCACGACCUUUUUAGCCAGAUUUUGCACUUACAGAACCAAACUUUAUUUGAUUCAUCACCCAACAAUCCCGCUGCAAGAGCCAUUCAAGAAGCUCUGUCCAGAUUUUCCUCUCAGUCAUCGAUUCAGAAUGUUACUCCAACUGCUGCCGCCAUUACUUCAGAUCCUAAGUUUACAGCCGCCCUUGUAAACGCCAUAGCCUCCAUUAUCAGUAGCAGGGGGAUCCAAUCCAAUGGGGAAGCAAGCAAUGCAAUAAGUAAUAUAAUACCCAUUGAUGAUCAGACGAAAUGGGGAGAAGGCAUCAGAGAUCCUUCACAAUCCAAUGUACUGUCUUCAGCUGCUUCUUAACUAUAUUAAAAGCGUGGGCUUUGGUAAACUACCAAAUACACCAUUAUGGCUUACUUGAAAAUCUAGUUUCGAGGUAAAAGAUUUGUGUAAUGGAGACUAGUAGUUCUGCACAGCUGAAAGAGCAUCCAAAGCCCUAGAUUGAAGAUAAUUUCCAGGCUUUUUAGAUUCUUCCAUGCUGUGCUACCACUAUUAUAAUCCACCAAAAGUUUAAAACUAUUGUGUAUUAUAAAAGUUUAGACAAAAGGUGUCUCCAUGCCCAUACUUUCAAUAAAAUCGGGCAUUUACAGGCUAA